CUUAUCAUCUAAUUCAGUCCCACAUAUAAACACACAGUCACACACACACAACAACAACAAAACCAUUCACUAAAUCAAAUCUCAAAAUCAGAAAACAUAUGAUUAUCAUUAAUUCAUUAUGAUAAUAUGCGCAAGAAAUUAAACUCACGUUAACUGGGCCAGGCCCAUGAGCAAAGGUAAGGAGUAAAACUGUACAUGCAAGCGAUCUGAAUAAAACAACGCUCGCGGCAUCUCUUGUUCUUCGCAGAUACAAAGAACUUAUGGAAAGAGAGAGAGAAACGAAACUUACCUGGAGAGAGUAAGGAUCCGGAUCCGAUACCUGAACAUGCCAAACGGGUGGAUCAAGUUCACGUCAUUACAUUGCAAGUCAAAGGCUUUCGAUGAUGUCUACGACUUUAACAGUUACAGCUGUAGAAAGAGCUCACAUUGUAGCAAAGACGUGAUCGAUACAAGAAUAGGUACGAAAAACCUGAAACCCGAUCCGAAGUUAAGGCGUUUGAAAUCAUGUCGAGCUGAACCGGAGCUGAACCCAUCUACCCGGACCCGACGGAGCAAAUCUGCCCGAACAUCCGACGCGCUGACCGAGCUGCCCGACGAACACCCGUCAAGAAACGUAGUGGAGAUUAUAUUCCAGUCUAGCUGGAGGUCUGAUGAAUUUCCGGGUCGGGUUGAGAUGAUUUACAAAGUGGAGAACGGGUCAAGAACUGUGACCCGGUUCGAGGAGUACAGAGAGGUUGUGAAGUCACGUGCGGGUAUAAACGGGGAUCGAGAAGACACUUGUGAAGAAGACGUACGGUGCUUGGCCGACGGCAACGAGAUGAUGAGGUUUUAUCCACUCCCGGACGGGGUUAACGGUGGCGCGUGGGCUUUCUCCGGCGGGAAAAGUCAGGCUGUGUGUACGUUUUCAAGUAGCGGUGAAGCGCAUGCGAGCGGCGGAGGUGGCGGAGGAAGGAGGGCGAUGCUGAUUUGUCGAGUGAUAGCGGGUCAGGUUGCGAAUAGAAUCGGGUUCGGGUCGGACUCAGUAGCUGGUCGUGACGGUGAGUUGUAUGUCUUUGAUACACGAGCGGUGUUGCCUUGUUUCCUAAUCAUUUUCAGGUUGUAAAAAUAAUAAUAAUAAUUUUUCGAUUUAAUUUUUUUCCUUUUCUACGUAUCGAUAACGAUGUAUUGUAAUUUAUUGGUUUAUAUUUUUUUUUUAUAAACUUGACCUGAUUUCAAAUA